AAACCUGACCGGCUCGGGUCCAAGCACGAGAUUGGCCGACCAGAUCAGUAUCGGUCAAGCACUCGCGGCUACGGUGCAGACACUUUGACUCGGCGUAAAUGGACUCGUGAGUUUGCCGGAUCUCCUUUUCUAAUGCCAGACUCGUCAAACCAUUCAUUCAGCCUAAACUCUGUGAAUUCGGUAGAUUCGGAAGACUCGUUAAACGCCAAGGCAAGCUUAUCGCUCGGCGUGCCUCCGCGGCAAAUGCCAAGCCAGUGA